CUUCAUACAGCCCACCUGAAUUCAGUUGGACCUGUGCUUUAGUUAUUACUCUGUUCGCGAAGUCCUCUUUGCAACUGCAGUUUUACAGCUCUUGCGCAAAGGAUGGGUACUUUCGAACAUAUUGCUGUAACAUAAAGAUAUUAAAACAUACCAACCCUACAACGCUAAACGUAGACAUCUUCUUUCUUGGCUUUUAAAUACAUUAGUUCAGAGCUGUCACUGCCUCCUGCCAGCUCCCUCGGUGAAAUGGAUCGGGUUAUGGUGCGGAUUUCCAGCGGAAAGACAUUGCUCAGCAGCCGCUUCGCGUCUCCCCGGGGACAUCCUACUCCCCCAGCCCAGCAGCCCCAGCCUCCGUUGAGCUUCCAGUCCGUUAUUUACCUCGUCUUAGCCCUAUGCGGGUUAUUCCUUGUUGGCCAUUUUGUAUUCAUGGCGUCGGAGUCAUCAACGGCCCUGCGGAGUUCCCUCCGGAGCGUUCCACCGGAAGCAAUACUGCAGGCACAGCUCCUGGACAAGGAGAAGGAGAUUGAAAAGCUCAGAUGGGAGAUUGAUCAGAUCCGUAAAGGGGUCAACGUCAAGGAAAGCAGCAUUUCCGAGCAAGAAGGCUUGAUUCAACAACUUAAGCGCAAAGCUCUUCAAGAGCACGACGCCAAGACCAAGGCCGAGCUCGCCCUCUCGGACCGUGCGGGCGCCCUGCAUGAGUGUCAGCAGCAGAAGACGGCGCUAGCGGGGGAGGUGGCGCAGUGCCACUUCGACCUGCGGGCGGUGCUGGGCGGGGAGAGCCACACCAUGUCCCUGCAGUCCAGCACCGUACUGAGGACCAUGCAGCAGAGGCAGCAGGAGCAGCAGCAGAGGCAGAGGGAGGAGCAGGGCAACAUGCAGAUUGGGGUGGUGGGGAAGGUGGGAGGAGCGGCUGGUGAGGGGGCGGAGUAAUAGUACCGGUGCCUGUAGCAAAGUGGGUUAGCAUGUCGGGGAUGUUUAGGGGAAGAUAGAGGUAGGAUGAGAUUGGCAAACGUAGGCAUACGUAGGGUGCGUAGGUAAGAAGAAGAUAGCUAGGAGGGCAGGUGAUGUGGUGAUAAGCAUCAGGCAGGUGGGCCUUUGGGUGGAGCAGGUAGACUGAUAGGUAGGCCACAUGUCGGCAUGUGUAUUAGGCACCUUAGCAGAACGUAGACAUAUAGUAAUGGAGGUAGGCGCGAGGGGGGAUUCAUGCUGCAUGGCAUGAUGGAGUGUUCCAGCAGGGGGCCGUUACGGGGCAUGCGAGCCGAGGUAGGCUGGUUUUCAGGCUCCGAAAGGGCAACUGCGCCGUGUGCAUAAGGGUGGCAAGCAGCUUUGCGUGCGGCUUGUGCAUAGAGGUACAGGAAGUGGGAGCGGCACGGUACAGGUCUGGUGAUGGUUAGGAGGUACCAGGGAUUGGUACGGCACCUGGUGUCAGGUGCAGCGCGCCUGGUUGUAAUCCGCGUUUGUGUUUCCUACCCUCGUACCAUGAGGGUAAGCGCUGGCACCUCUUAGGGAUUAUUUGAAUGAAGUGUAGACAGGCCAAAUGUGACCAAGUACGGUAGUAGGCGCAAGAAUAAUGGCUUCUUUAUGUGGGAUGGCCGGUGGCUUUAGAAAAUAGUUACUGUGAAAGACCCACACCUCGCCGGUUGCUUCUAAGAUCCCAUGCGGCGAGACGGUAAGGAGUUCCUGUAGUACUGACGACUCUUAUCCUUGUUAUCUAUAACGCUACCUACGCGGAUGAUUGUGCGCUUACUGUCAGCGAACCAUGGGUCGCUGCGGCUGUUUUAGUCUACAAAAUUUGGGUUGGAAGAUGCCUGUCCUUCUCCACGGUAGGUUUUACCUGUUUGCUUUGCUGCGAUUUCCCUUCUACAUUCUUUCCCUGUGCACAUGCUUUUGUUAUGUAGUGUGCUAUGACAACGCAGAUGGCCCUCUGGCUGUCUAGCGCCGUAAGUGUGUGCUGGAUGUGCCCCAUGCAUAAUCCGUAACCGCAAAGACACGUGCGGGCAUACGGUAGUAACAGGAGGAGUACUCGUAAUACA